CUCUGCUCUGUGCUCUGUCCUCUGUGAGUCGUUGAUGUGUUUUGUAGUUUGUACUUGUAGGUACCUAAUAAAGAAUGGAUAAUGCCAAAGAAUUGAAUAUUGUAGACCCGGCAACAAACAUAAAUUACAGCUUGCUGGUUGAUGAGGAAGAUUAUAAUAGGGCCUUAAAUGAUGAUGCAUUUUUGUCGAUGUUAUUAACACACGCAAAAACAGAUGAUAACAUGAAAGUUUCUGAACAGACAGAGCUUGAUGAGGACACUCCAGCGUCUCCAGCAAUGGCGAAUUUGGAAACUGAGACUAAAGACACUGAAGUCUCAUUUAUUUUACCCCCUAGGACAAAUAAAAAUCAUGACCUCGAAGAACUAUUGAUAACAGAGGUUCAAAUAAGACCACCAUUAUGGGAUGCUAGACUUCCGUUAGUAGAAAGAUCCAAACCUCCAAACCCAUCCGGGAAAAAUUAUGAUAAAUAUCCUAAUAUUGACGUUACUUGUCUUCAAAAAAAGUGGAAAAAUCUGAAAGACACUUAUCUUAAAACUAAGUCAACUGUGGAAGCUUACAUACCCACUACGUCUAGCUACGCUGAUAAUAUUAAUAAGGCGUCAGUACCAAAAGAACCUGAAAAAGAAAUUAUACCGCCACAUCCCAAUAAACGUAAACUUCCUGCAACACAGAAACUAGACUCACCACAAAAAAAAAAUUUAAAAGCCAUUGAGAAAAUAUCAGAAACCCCAGAGCCUGAAGAAGACAAAAUUAAUCCCAUUUGCCUUAAAAUUUCUACUAUGCUGGAAAAAAUGCCAAUGAAGGAAAGAUCUAUAGCUGAAAUAGAACUAUUAAAAAAAGCAUUUGAUUUCAGUCAACCCUACCUUUAA